UUAUUUAAACGUCGAGUGAAAAUAAGGAUGGGCAUAGGUAUGUCUAUUUACAAUGCUCACAAACUGGUUGUAUCAUGCAUUUUUCGUGAGUUACUCAGAAAGCCAUGUCAACACAAGACCAGCCACCCUGGUUGCUGUGGGUUGAGGAUGCCUUCCCUGAACUCGACUCCCGCGCCUACUUCCUGCCUCCUGUCUACCUCAACCUCUUGCAGAUGACCAGACAGUUGACUGCUGAUGGGGAUGUUCUGGUCCUUCAGCCAACAUCUGAACCAUCUGGUGAGACCAAGAAGCUGGCAUUGGCGCCGGGUGCUGUCUCUCAACCGUCCAGUCCUCAGACUAAAGACAGUGAUAUUAGCUAUGGAGAAGCCAUGCAUCCGAGUUCUACUCUGCCUACAGAAAAUGUCUGAAGAAAACAAAGAAGUUUUGGUUGGAAUGAGUCAGGUUCGAUUUGGACUGUACCUGGAUGAAGCUUGCCUACCCGCCAGUCUUCCUCCUGUUGAGAAGCGAAACUGGAAAGAGGGGGACAUUGAUGUCCUUCUUAUUCUCCGACAUUACGGUUUAGUACUAUUUGAGGUGAAGUCGUUUGCCAACAACUUAACAGAAGGGAAGAUAUCACAACAGGAAAUGGAUGACAACACAAGAAAACAACUAAGAGAUGCUGUCUCACAGCUGGACAAGGCGGAGGCCAUGUUGUCUCACCUGGUGUCCAGUAUCUCUCCUGGUUUGCGCAUCACAAGAACAAUCGCGGUGACUAACCUCACGGUUCAUCAGGUACAACAGGCCAUCUCAGGUGACCCACUACUGGUUCAGGACCUGUGCCGGUGUCUGGGAACAACAGAUCCUGCCGACAUCACUGGUCUGUGUCUGUGCUCUGAUCAGUUGUCUGACCCCAAGACCCCAUGUGACGUCAGUAGCGACCUGCUGAGGGAACUUGGCAACUGGUGGCAGCGACGUGUGGCUGGUGCUGGACCUGAUAGUCACAUGACCCGUGACGUGUACAAGACACUGGUGAGCAGGUUGUGUGGUCCAACGACAACAGUGACUGUACCAUGUACAUCUCCACCCCGCCUGUGUGUCAAGACUUUACAAAAGGUCGUGCCAUGGCCAGCAGGAUGCUGCACUGUUCAAAUAACACUUUUCCCAGAGCAAGUUGAGCUGCUCAACACGGAGCAUCCCAGACUAUUUUUGACAGGACCCCCAGGUACAGGUAAAACCGUGGUGCUGCUGCUGAUGGGUAUGAAGUGGUUGUUGUGUGGUGACGACGUCCACAUUGUCAGCGUAUGUAGAGAGAGUCGUGCAGCGUGCAUCAUGUUGUAUCACCUGCUGAUGCAGACUGUAAACACACAACAAACAGCAGGUCUAUCGUGUGGUCAGCCUCACCUGCUGCAGUACGACUUCAACGUCGGUAAAGACGUCAAAAUGGCCGUCAACGACCUGUCACAGGCGGCGAGGGGAGAGACGCUGUACAUCAUCGCUGAUGAGAUUAGUCCUGAGCUGUGGAGGGACAACUUCCAAACCUUUUCUGAGAAGCUUCAGGCACAAGUUUCUCGCCUCCAUCUUUGGGCGGCAAGUUUUUUUCACGGACAAGUACCCGCCGGAUGGCAAGUAGAAAAUUUAACCAGACCUCUCCGAUUCUAUCCGUCGAUCUUCAUGGAAAUCGAGCAGGACAGGUACAUCACUGACCAUCGUGUACAGGCGUACAAAGAGAAUUGUUGUGAGCAGACAGACGACCUGCCAGUCAUACGACUGUAUCACCAAGGACAUGGUCACUCAGGUGACAAGCCAGUUGACUGUAUCAUGUGUGGUCGUCAGGUGGCUGGCAUCCUACACAAUCUCCGUGUUGGUAUUCCGGUCAAUGCCACGCCAACAUCUACCACCAUCACCCCCACCAGCGGCAGUACAACACCAUCCGGCUUGCAGUGGAGAGAUGUGCUAGUGUUGUACGGGUAUAAUGUUGCUGACAACACGGGUAUAUUGACGGCGCUGAGAGAAGAGGGUAUUCCAGUAAGGGUGAUGACGGAUGAUGACAUCGAGGACGUGGCCACGGCCCGCAGCGACGUGGUGUGGGUGCGCAUGGACGUCGUGUUCGUGGUCUGGAGAGAAAAGUCGUGGUCUAUGUUGAGACUGGUUUUGAUGUCUUGUUCCGACUACACUUCAUCUCUCGCUGUACUUCACAACUUGUGAUUGUCUGCCUCGGCCAGUAGUCGCUGGGUUACUACUAAUCACAAAACACCACCAUAAACUGUUUAGCUGUAAAUUAGUAGAAAUGCUUGUAGCAAAGCUCAACAAUGUCUUUCAUCGAACGAAAUGGACGAAAAGUA